AAUCCUGUGGGGGGCCUAUAUGUGGCUUUCACGUACUUGGCUGGUCUCACUGGCGUUAUCAUCACAUUGGCCCUCAUAUUAAUCAUCACGUCAUCCACCAAAACCAUCCGAAGGUCGUAUUUCGAAGUAUUUUGGUACACCCACCAUCUCUUUGUCAUCUUCUUUAUUGGCCUUGUCAUCCAUGGUGCUGGGCGUAUUGUACGGGGGCAGACAGCUCAGAGUCUGGCUGAACAUAAUCCAGAGAUUUGCUACAAGAACUUCACUCACUGGGGAAAGAAGGGGGCUUGCCCAAUCCCCCAGUUUUCAGGGAAUCCUCCUAUGACAUGGAAGUGGGUAGUAGGUCCCAUGGUUUUGUACCUGUGUGAGAGGUUGGUGCGGUUUUGGAGGUCACAGCAGAAGGUUGUUAUCACAAAGGUGGUCAUUCAUCCCUUCAAGACAAUUGAACUCCAGAUGAUGAAGAAGGGCUUCAAGAUGGAGGUCGGGCAAUACAUUUUUGUCAAAUGUCCGGCAGUGUCUAAACUGGAAUGGCAUCCAUUUACAUUAACCUCUGCUCCAGAAGAGGAUUACUUCAGCAUUCAUGUUCGUAUUGUAGGGGACUGGACAGAGGGAUUGUUCAAUGCCUGUGGAUGCGAUAAGCAAGAAUUCCAGGAGGCAUGGAAGUUGCCCAAGAUAGCUGUGGAUGGCCCCUUUGGAACAGCAAGUGAGGACGUAUUCAGUUAUGAAACUGUUAUGCUUGUUGGAGCUGGAAUAGGGGUCACCCCCUUUGCAUCUGUACUCAAGUCUGUCUGGUACAAAUACUGCCAUGAUGCGACCAACCUGAAACUCAAAAAGAUCUAUUUUUACUGGCUUUGCAGGGACACUCAUGCCUUUGAAUGGUUUGCUGACCUCUUGCAGUCUCUGGAGGCUCAAAUGCAGGACAGGAAUAAUGCAGACUUUCUCAGCUAUAACAUCUACCUUACUGGCUGGGAUGAAUCUCAGGCUACUCACUUUGUAGUGCAUCAUGAAGAAGAGAAAGAUGUGAUUACAGGCCUUAAACAGAAAACCUUGUACGGGAGACCUAACUGGGAAAAUGAGUUCAAAACUAUUGCGGGGCAGCAUCCUGGCUCCAGAAUAGGUGUUUUUCUCUGUGGACCUGAGGGCCUGGCUGACACACUCAACAAGCAGAGCAUCAGCAACUCAGAAGCUGACCCACGAGGAGUACACUUCAUCUUUAACAAGGAAAACUUCUAACUCCCAAAACACGUGGGAGUCAUUCAAUACAAAGUCUAAAGACUGGAUCUCUUUUUUUCUAUUUGGAGCCUGGGAAGGACAGCUGAGCUUCUAAUCUCAGCUACACUAAUGCAAAUGCCUUUGCUUCUUGGGAAUGAUUUUGGCGCUGUGGUAGAGUAAAAGAGUCAAGUUUUACCUUAGGGAAGUGUGC